ACCCGGCUGGGAUCCCCCAUGGGACCAGGGAUCGUCCCCAUGGGACAACCUUGGGUUCAGCAUUGGGUCCUUCACUCCAAGGAGGACAUUGAGGCGCUGGAGGAGUUCAUGGAGCUCCUCCGGACGAGGGGGAAUGGCCUCGAGUUACACCAGAGGAGGUUUAGGUUGGACGUCGGGAAGCGUUGGGUGAACCAAAAGGGUCCUCAAACUCUGGCCCAGAGCGGUGGUGGAGUCCCCAUCCCCGGAGGGGCUCCGACACUCAUCAGAAGAGCUCCUCGGAGCGAUGCUUUAGUGAUGGGACCAUAUAUGGUCGACCUGGAAGAUCUCAACGGUGUUUUCCAACCCAACGAUUCUCCGGUUCCGUGGUUGAACCCUUCACACCCUUCCAGCGAUGUGGCAACACCACCGCCGACCUCUUUCCUUCCUUCCUUCUCCUCCUCAGCCGCCGCUGUGGGGCUCAACCGAGGUCCUAUGGGGGAGGAGAUGACCGGAGACCCCUUGGAGAAGCUGAACCGCGGGGACACUGACGCCACGGGCAGCCCCCCGCCUCCGCCGGCUGAAGACAAAGCCUUCACCCUCUGCCACGGACCCACCCUCCAGACCAAAGUCUUCCAGUACCGGAUUUGGGACGUCAACCAGAAGUCGCUGUAUCUCCGCGCUGACCAGCUGGUGGCCGGCCACCUGCAAGGGGCCAACGCCGCCCUGGAAGAGAAGGUGUUUUGGGUUCCCAACCGAGCGUUCGAGGCGGCGCGGCUCCCGGUCAUCCUCAGCAUCCGGAACGGAACGCGGUGUUUGGCCACCGUCCCCGCCAGGAGACCCACCCUGGAGCUGCGGGACGCGGAUAUCCGGGAGGUUCACGGCGGUGAGGAGUCGGCCAUCUUCACCUUCUUCCGGUCCCACCGGGAUGGGCUGUGGCGCUUCGAGUCGGCCGCCAACCCCGGGUGGUUCCUCUGCACCUCCGCGCGGGGACACCGCCCCCUGGGGCUGUCCCGGCACCACGACGCCACCCACCUCCUCGACUUCUACUUCCAGCUCUGCUGAACCCCCCGGAGAUGUCCUCCUCGAGGGGGGGAAUGUCCUCCUGGAGGUGAUCACAGCCUCGUGGAGGUGGUGAUGUCCUCCUGGAGGUGGUGAUGUCCUCCUGGAGGUGGUGAUGUCCUCCUGGAGGUGAUCACAGCCUCGUGGAGGUGGUGAUGUCCUCCUGGAGGUGGUGAUGUCCUCCUGGAGGUGAUCACAGCCUCGUGGAGAUGGUGAUGUCCUCCUGGAGGUGGUGAUGUUCUCCUGGAGAUGAUCACAGCCUCGUGGAGAUGGUGAUGUCCUCCUGGAGGUGGUGAUGUUCUCCUGGAGAUGAUCACAGCCUCGUGGAGAUGGUGAUGUCCUCCUGGAGGUGGUGAUGUCCUCCUGGAGAUGAUCAUGUCCUCCUGGAGAUGACGACAUCCUCCUGGAGGUGGUAAUGUUCUCCUGGAGGAUGUCCUCCUGGAGAUGAUCACAUCUUCCUGGAGGUGAUGAUGUCCUCCUGGAGAGGGUGACAUCCUCCUAAGAUGAUGAGAUCCCUCCUGAGAUGAUGAGAUCCCUCCUAAGAUGAUGAGAUCCCCCCUGAGAUGAUGAGAACCCCCCUGAGAUGAUGAGAUCCCCCCUGAGAUGAUGAGAUCCCCCCUGAGAUGAUGAGAUCCCUCCUGAGAUGAUGAGAACCCUCCUGAGAUGAUGAGAACCCCCCUGAGAUGAUGAGAUCCCUCCUGAGAUGAUGAGAACCCUCCUGAGAUGAUGAGAUCCCCCCUGAGAUGAUGAGAACCCUCCUGAGAUGAUGAGAUCCCCCCUGAGAUGAUGAGAACCCUCCUGAGAUGAUGAGAACCCUCCUGAGAUGAUGAGAUCCUCCUGAGAUGAUGAGAUCCCCCCUGAGAUGAUGAGAUCCCCCCUGAGAUGAUGAGAACCCUCCUGAGAUGAUGAGAUCCCUCCUAAGAUGAUGAGAUCCUCCACCGAGGACAUCACCCCACCCUUGAGGAGGUGCCAUCCUCACCCCAACCAUGUCCCAUCCCCCCCUGGAUGGUCCCAUCUUCACCCCACGGAUGGUGACAUCCGGGACACGAUGACCUCUCCGUGGGAAUAAAGCCGUUCGGGACACCUGGUGGUGUGGGUGGCAACAUGGAAGGAGGACACGGUGGGGCCGGCGGUGGCCCCGGCGUCUGCGUCACCGCGGUGGCGUAACCGGUGUUGCGCCAUCGAGGCGUU